GUGAGAAAUCGUGUAUUUCCUACUUCGCAUCGUAUACAUGGCGCCCAAAAUCCUUCGUCUUGCCGUCUCCCAGUCUCGCUCACUCUCCGACCUUCAAUCGACGCUCGAAUCCCUCCGAUCGACCACGCAAACCGCUGCAGCUCAAGGCGUAGACUUGAUCCUGUUCCCAGAGGCGUUCCUUGGAGGAUAUCCGCGAACAUGUUCAUUCGGUGCUGCAGUCGGAGCGAGGUCUGAUGAGGGCAGAGAGCAGUUUCUCCAUUAUUUCCGGGACUGCGUGGACUUGGGCGAUACACCGGCUGGUGCUGGGGAUGACUGGCUGGAGAAGAGAUUACCUGUUGCAAGAGGAAAAAGUGUGAGAGGUGACGGGACUAGAGAGUUCUUGGAGAAGGUUGCCAGAGAUACAGGGGUGUUUGUCUGCACUGGACUUGUGGAGAAGGCAGGUGGGACGUUAUAUUGUGCGGUAGUGUAUGUUUGCCCGAAGCUGGGUGUCCUUGGAAAGCGCAGGAAGGUGAUGCCCACUGGCUCCGAGAGACUAAUAUGGGGACAAGGCUCUCCUUCGACACUGAAAGCCAUUACCACGACGAUCAAGAAUGUUCAGCUCACCAUUGGCUGCGCCAUAUGCUGGGAGAACAUGAUGCCACUUCUCCGCCAAUCACUGUACGCGCAGAACGUCAAUCUCAUCAUCUCACCUACAGCCGAUGCUCGGGACACCUGGUUGCCUCUUGUUCGUACAAUCGGCAACGAAGGAAGAUGCUUUGUUCUGAGCGCAAUCUCGUGCGUCAAGAAGAAGAACCUGCCCGAAUGGAUCGCGUCUCCGUACAAGGCUGCUGAAGCAAGAGCCGGCUCUAAAGAGGCUGCAGUCGAUGGCGUUUCACCUCCUCCUCCAGCGGUCAAUGGCUUGAACUCGCCUGUUCGUGGUCGUCGCAGGUCAACUAUUACCGUGAAGGAGGAAGGCCACGAACUGGUCUUGCCGAGCGUUGACGAGAACAAGGCCUCGCCUGCCGCUCGGCCCAAAGCUGCCCUUCCAUCUUCGUCUUCGUCGUCGUCGGGCGAUGAGUUUGCCUGCCGAGGCGGGUCUUGUAUCACAGGCCCGAGGGGCGAGGUCGUUGCCGAGCCGUUAUGGGAAAUCGAAGACGGCGGCCUUGUCAUUCGAGAUGUCGACUUCGAAGACUGUGAGAGAGGCAGAUUAGAUCUGGACGUUGCGGGUAGCUAUUCGAGGAAUGAUGCUUUCAAACUCACGGUCGAGGGUCUGGACCUGAACCCGCCGCCAUAGAGCAGUCGCUUUGGCCUGGCCUGUCUGGAGGCGAAUGUGCAGAACAGGCACGGACGAUAGGAGUGGAGUGUGCAGACUGACAUCGAUGAGCUGUUCUUCGCGACACUCCCAUUGAACGCCUCAAGAGUCGUAGAAUAUCGACGACAUCAC